CAGCAGCAUGAGGUCGGCUGGUAUAAAGGGGCCCAAUGGACAGAAUUAGGGGCCUUGGCAGCUAGUAUGGGAGGCCCGUAAGUCUGCCAGACACCUGAUCGUCCAAAAAAUAGAGCAUGCACACCAUAGUGUGAGGAGACCUGAAAAGUGAGCACAUGGCAGAGCUGUGGCGAUGAGAGACAGCAGCAAUGGGAGACGCCCGUAAUCUGCCAGCACCCUAUAUCAAAAAAAUUGAAACACACCAGCAGUGUGAGGGAAGACCUGAAAGUGGCCACAUGGCAGAGUGUGGCGAUGGAGUCAGCAGCAAAUGGGGACGCCGUACAGGGACCCAUGACAGACUCUGGACUACCUGGCAGCAAGCAUGA